GCACGAAAGAUCGAGCACGACGGCCAGGCACCCGAGGCACCGCCGACCCAGCCAGCUGCCGCAGCCCCGACCCCGCCGACCCAGCCAGCUGCCGAGCCCGAGCCGACGCCUCCGAAGCAGGCGACCGCAGAUAGCAAGCUGGUUGUUUCGAAGGCCGAGAAGACAACGAAGCCGAAGAUCACCGAAGCCCCGAAAGCUCCCUCGCCACCAGCUGGCAUGUGCAUCCCCGCGGGCUUGUUCGACGACUUCUGA